GUUGGUGUCGGAUCAUGGUGUUUUCAUAUGACUCUGCUAUAUGAAAUGCAAGCUCUGUAGUGAUCCAAUAAAAGGAAUACAUAUUAUAUAAAUUGACAAAACCAGACUUCAAAAACCAAACAGUAUAAAAGAAAAUUAUGCCGCCCAAACCAGUUCCAGGAAGGGGGAGAGGGGAUAGAGGAAGAGGUGGUAAUCCAACAAGAGGUAGAGGAGGUAUUCAAGGCCGACAGUCUAAAAUGAGACAGAGCAACCAACUUUUAAAUCCUAAGACUUCAACUAUGCAGAGAGGAAUAGUUCAGAGAGAUCAAGCAGGAACAUCUCGUGGUAAACUUAUCGGAGGUGUUUUAACCGUAAUCGUAGUUUUAGGAGGAAUAGGCGCCGGAGUGUUCAUGAGUACAGGUGCUUCUGAUGAAUCUGCUAACUCUGAUUUAACAAUAAAUCCAACGAAGGCUUCUACUACAACUACAGCUGUUCCGAAGGUUACCACAACUACAACACCGCCACCACCUGUGGUGUUAGAUGAGAAAUGGAUCAAAGCCCGAGGGGAAUGUGGGAGACCGAGACAAAAACCAAAUCUCGGCAGAAUUGUCGGUGGAACAGAAGCUGUCAAACAUUCAUGGCCAUGGCAAAUAGGACUUCUACAAUACAAGCGAUAUGAUGCAAAUACAGCUUCCGUAAAAGCCAUCUGUGGAGGAAGUCUUGUCGGUCCGAAAUAUGUUAUAUCAGCAUCACAUUGUUUUCUGAAUAAAAAACGAACAAGUGUGAGCAAAGAUAAAGAUCGCUAUAGAGUUUUGGUUGGUGCUCAUGACAAAGGCAGAGAAAGUCAUGGAGCAAAAAUGCUUGAGAUAGAAUCACUGCAUCACCAUCCAGAUAAUAACAUGGCAACAUUCACAAGAUUAAAGCAAAUACCAGCUCAUGAUAUUACAGUUAUAAUCUUAAAAACAAUUGUGGAUCCAAAUGAUAUUUCACCCAUGACAGGGUUUGUGUGUUUACCUCAACCCAAACUGAGGCCUCAUGUCGGCAAGAAUUGCUGGGCGACCGGAUGGGGAUUAACCAGUGGCACAGGAUUUGAUAAAGUUUUAAAACAAGUCAAGCAACCUGUCACAUCACAAUCAAAUUGCAUCAAAAAAUAUGGAGGCAGAAAAAUAAAUUAUGAUGUUCAUGUAUGUGCAGGACCUCACAAAGGCAAUCAGGGAACGUGCCAGGGGGACAGCGGUGGGCCUUUAGUAUGUCAAUAUGAGGACGGUGCAUGGGUUUUACACGGAGACACCAGUUUUGGUCCAAAACCCUGUGGAUCUUCACCUGGAGUAUGGGCCCAGGUUUCUUAUCAUAUGGAUUUUGUCUGCUGUGUCUUGAGAGAUUAUGGCCCUUGUAAAAAUAUGAAAUGUGAGAUGCAGUGAAGGCUACGCAAUAUGCACUAUCGAAUAUAGUCGUAGCUUUAGAAAUGAAUAAACAGGGGUAUUGAUUUUAGAACAAGAUAUCAGCUGUUUUGCACCAGGGUGUUUUACUACAAUGACUUAGGUAUGGAACAAUGAAUUUAGCAAACUCAUGUAUCGAGUAACAGAAGCA